AUGGGUGAACCCACCAUCAACGGCGAGAAGCACAACUCCCAAUUCCUCGACCACCUCAUCUCCUACCCCCUCAUCUCGGACUCUAUCAACCUGUACAAGGGCAACCCCUACGGGGCCAAGUCCAUCCAGUACGCCGACCAGGGCUACACUCGCCUGGCCAAGCCCGUCCUGCCCUACUUCUCCACCCCAUACAGCUAUGUUGCUCCCUACCUGGCCCGCGCCGACUCCCUCGGCGACAAGGGUCUGACCGAGAUUGAUACUCGCUUCCCCAUCAUCAAGGAGGAUACGCAGAAGCUGCGUGGCUCCAUCUACAACGGCGCUUCAAUGCCUGUUCGUCUUGCUGGAGAAGCUAAACACCAUGUCUUUGAUAUCUAUGGAUCGGAGUACAAGAAGUGUGGUGGUGAUGGUGUCUUUGCUUCUGGUAAGGCUGUGGUUACUACCAGUCUGGUCCUGUCCCAGGAGUCCUUGGCUUGGAUCAGCACCUUCUUGCAGACUAAGAAGGAGGAGGUGAAAGAGGUGGUCAACGAGAAGAACAGCCAUUGA